UAAUUAUUAAAAUGUCCGAGGAUUGGUGGCCUAGUAAGCGUAUACCACGCGGUGGUUUAUUACAACCGGCAAAAGUUGAAAAGUACAGUCCAGAAACUCAUAAAUUUUUAAACGAAUUAAUGGAAGAAUCUAAAUUAACAAUGCAACAACGUAACAAAUUUAAUUAUCACUUAAGAACUGGUGAACCAUUUCCUACAAAUACCCGUUCUCGAAGUGUUACCAAAUUUGAUAAACAACCAAGGAUUGUUUUAACAAAUACACAAUCUCAGUUACGCUCACAAACCACUAUAAUUAAUUCUGGUGCAUAUGAACGAGAUAAAUUUACACCAAAUACACCGAUUAUUAAUCGUGAGGAGGCUAAAUUAAAACUUCAAGAACUUAUGGAACAUGGAAAAGAAGCAUUGAAACAAAAGACAAAAGCAAAACAACAUGGUUCAGGUGAUAAAAAAGAAAAAACAGAAGAACCAAAAUAUGUAACACGUUUUGAUGAAUUAAAAGCAGAAAUUCAAGAAAGAAUUGACUGGCUAGAAGAAAUGCGACAGUUAGGACAAGAUAAACCUUACAGAGAUGUUAUACACCAACAAAUUGCUGCUAAAUUAAAAGAAAUUGAAAAUUUAAAAUUGGAAUAA